GACGACACGCAUUCACUUGUGAGCGAAAGUUGGUCAACCGAUGUUCUACCGUCAGAUACGGAAGGUUUCGGGACUGAUGCAAGACAAGAACCGGAUGGACCGACAGGAGCAGCAGCAGCUGCAGCUGCUCCUGCACCUCCUCUUCUGCCAGUUGUUGCUGAAGUUGGCGAACCAAGAAAUGAAUCGAGACCAAUCAGAUUCGGCUCACAACGAUCAACUGGUGGGAGUAUUGGCGCUUCGCUGAGUGUAGGAGGUAACGGGGAGGACCGAAGCGAUACCUGGUCUGUGGACGCAAUGGCAAGUGAUUCAGAAGCAGACCCCAUACUCAGAGCCGAUGAUAUUCUGAUGAUCGAUGAGGCGGAUAGUGCCUACGUUGCAUCUGCAACAAGUGGUGGUACUGAUACACCGAUGCUAGCAUCGGUCGAUAGUUCAAGUAGCAUGGCAGUUGGUGGCAGUGCAGCAAGCCAAGCAGCAGUACGAUCCGGUGUUUCUCAUCAGGGUGAAGCUGGCCGAGCAGAAACUACACAGUUUCAGCGUACCUCAAGGUUUGUUUUUUGUGCGAAAUUACAUACAAUUUGCGAAGGAACAAGUUCAAAGCUUUUAAUAUAUCUAUUGUUGGGCGCUUAG